GUCCGCCAGGAAAGACUGAAUCAUAACGCACGAGCGCCGCUGCCCGCGCGCAUCUGCGGUUUCUGCUCAAACCUGUCCUGUGCGCGACUGAGCCAUCGCCGGAUAAAAACGCGCGGCUCGUCCAGUUCUUCGGGUUGUUCGAGAGACGUCGCCUCGGCCGCACGCGCACCUCAACUUGUCCGCGAGAGUUGCGAGGAGCGCACCUUUAAGUUUGGAGAGCGCAGAUGGCGGCGCUCAUCAGCGCGUACUCGUCGUGGCCGGAGUCCUUCGAGUGUCCUCCGGGAGACGGGGACGGGCCCGACGGACACGGAGCGCAGAGGACGCCGGUGGACAAGACUCCGGAGCCGCGCAUCAGACGACCCAUGAACGCGUUCAUGGUUUGGGCGAAAGAUGAGCGCAAACGGCUGGCGGUUCAGAACCCAGACCUGCACAAUGCCGAGCUCAGCAAGAUGCUGGGUAAGUCGUGGAAGGCCCUGACCCCGUCCCAGAAGCGGCCCUAUGUGGAGGAGGCGGAGAGGCUUCGGGUGCAGCACAUGCAGGACUACCCCAACUACAAGUAUCGGCCUCGCCGGAAGAAACAGCUGAAGCGCAUCUGCAAGAGAGUGGACCCCGGCUUCCUCCUGAGCGGCCUGGCUCCGGACCAGAACGGCGUUCCCGAGCAGCGGGCCCUCUGUCACCCCGGCGACAAAGACGACGGAGGCCCCGGCGGCGUCGGCGCCGGCUUUCCCAGCCCCGGCCCGGCUCUGCCCAGCGUCAGGAGCUUCAGAGACCCCCCCGGCUCCAGCAGCAGCUUCGACACCUACCCCUACGGCCUGCCCACUCCGCCGGAGAUGUCGCCCCUGGACGCCAUGGACCACGAACACGUGCCCCCCCCUUACUACUCCACGUCGGGCAGCUCGUCCUCAGACGAGCACCAUCAGAACCAGUCGCACAUGGGCAGCCCACCCCCUUACCACACUGAAUACACUCCCAACCAAAUCCACUGUGGGGCCCCUCACAUAGGUCACAUCCCUCACAUGUCCCAAAGCGGAGGCAGUGGAGGCCUGAUCCCAGGAGCGCCGCUGUCUUACUACGCGUCCUCGUCUUUCCCCCAGAUCCACCACGGGCUCCACCAGGGCCACCUGGGUCAGCUGUCCCCCCCGCCGGAGACCCAGGGCCACCUGGAGACUCUGGACCAGCUGAGCCAGGCCGAGCUUCUGGGCGAGGUGGACCGCAACGAGUUCGACCAGUACCUGAACUCCACUGGGCCUGGGUUCCACCCCGAGCAGGCCGGCGGCCUGACUGUUACCGGACACAUUCAGGUGGCGUCUUCCGCCACGGCCGCCGCCGCCGCGUGUCCCAGUAGCGCCGCGGAAACCAGCCUCAUUUCUGUGCUGGCGGACGCCACGGCCGCUUACUACAACAACUACGGCAUAUCCUAAAGACAGUCGCAGCACCCAUUGCACUCGUGGCCAGAGACACUAUGCUUAAAAUGGGUGAAGACACUGGGGAGGAUGUUGCACUCGGAUGCUGAUGAGCUUUCUCUCAUCCGUAAUUUCAAAAGUGCUCAUUAGCAUCUGCGGGCGAAGUCAUUCCAACACAAUCAAAGCCCGGACUGAAAGCUGAGCAAUAUGAUUGUCUGAAGCCGAAGAAAGAACAACGUGAGCAGUUGGAGGACUGUGAAGAAAGGGAGAUGGACACCUCAGGGACGCCGACGCGAAACACUACAGUAUGACGCCUCCACUUGUUCUGAACCGUGGAACCCGAGGAACAAUUGGAAAAGACUUGUCCUCUUGUAAAUGCCACCAGUUCCUGUCGCCACCUCGGCCUGUACAUACGCUCCUUAGAGGCUAAUUUAAGUCCUUCGAUGUUUUGCAUAAACCCUAACUGUAAUGCUAUUAUCAGCGCUUUCCGUUUGAAUGUUUGUAUCAUAUGUUCUCCUCAGUUUGGGAGUCUUACCUCAGUAGCUGUAGCUGAAUGAGGUGUUAGUUGGACAUUUCUUAUGCAAUUUAACAGAACGGUGUAUAAUGAAGAAAAAAAGGCGUUUAUACUUCUUCUCAAGUACUUAAUAAUAUGUAAUCGUAACCUCUACAGUGGAAAAUAAUAACUAUAACUGUUUGCUGAUUUAGGUUUGUGAAAGACAAUAAUUUAAAAUAAAGGUCAAUUUUUAUACUAUU